AAAAAUAAAAAAGAAGAUGAGACAAGGAGGCAGAGGAGAUCUUUUUAGUUCGGUUUUUGUAUAUCUCUUUCCUCUUGAAGAACCCUAAAACCCAUCCGCAUCCCCGAUCCGACAGAGAGAAUCGAUAAUCGAAGAAUAUUAUCAUUUCUCUGAAAUCUACGGUGAACGAUGGCUACGCCAAUGAUUGCAGGUGCUACUGUAGCUGCUGCUGCUAUAGCUGGUAGAUAUGGUAUACUCGCUUGGCAAGCCUUCAAGGCCAGGCCCAUCGUGCCUAGAAUGCGCAAGUUUUAUGAAGGUGGUUUCCAAGCUGCCAUGACACGGCGUGAAGCUGCUCUCAUCCUUGGAGUCAGGGAGAGAGUGGUGGCGGAGAAGGUGAAAGAAGCGCACAGGAGAGUGAUGGUAGCAAACCACCCGGACGCUGGAGGCAGUCACUAUCUCGCUUCUAAGAUCAAUGAAGCCAAAGAUAUUAUGCUUGGCAAAUCCAAUGACUCUGCCUCUGCUUUUUGAUUCUCUCAUAUUGAUACAAUCGCCCCCACAAGGAAACUCUUCAUUUGAAUGUGCUACCCUACCAAUUUCUUGUUGUAUAUCGUUACUGAUGAUCAAUAUUUGUUAUAUGAUACAAACCCUACCUUAAGCCUGUCUAAUCAGAGACACAUGUACUGAAUAAAAUAAAAUAAAAAUUGAUUAAUUA